AGGAGUGAGGGUUGCCAUGGCAGCGGCGUAGGGGCAUUAGCCAAUGAGAAAGCGCAGCUGCCGUGACCGGAGCCGCCGCGGGGCAGCGGCCGCCGGGAUGGCCUCCAGCUUGCCGAAGCCCUCUCAGGGAGGCGCGUCCCGGGAGAGGAAAGCGAGCCCCAAGCUGGAGCUCACCGAGGAGCAGAAGCGGGAUAUCCGCGAGGCUUUCGACCUGUUUGACACGGGCGGCACCGGGAACAUGGAUGUUAAGGAGCUAAAGGUGGCCAUGAGAGCGCUUGGGUAUGAACCUAGAAGAGAAGAGAUCAAGAAAAUGGUAUUGGAUAUCGAUAAGGAAGGAACAGGAAAGAUCAGCUUCAGUGGCUUCAUGAGAGUGAUAACACAGAAAAUGGUUGAAAAAGAUUCCAAAGAGGAGAUUCUCAAAGUCUUCAAACUUUUCGAUGACGAUGAAACUGGCAAAAUCUCUUUCAAAAACCUCAAACGUGUCGCCAGAGAACUGGGGGAGAAUCUCACGGAUGAGGAGCUGCAGGAAAUGAUUGAUGAAGCGGACAGAGACAGGGAUGGGCAAGUGAACGAGCAGGAAUUCCUGCACAUCAUGAGCAAGACCAGCCUUUACUGAAGGUUUCAUUUCUGUUUUGCACAUGUGUAUAAACAUUUAAUCGGUGCCUCACUUUUUUACAGCGUUUAUUUCUUUUGAGACAGCAGAAAAUACAGGUCAGUGUUCUUCUUGAAGUGGUUCUUUUUGAUCUUACACUCAUGUUUGUGAGCAGUUUGCAAACCUGUUUACAUGUAAAAACGUGGCUGCUGCUUUGUGCUCGUAGGAUCUUUACACUCUGUGUAUAAAUCACAUUUGUCAGUG